UAAAACAGUGUAUGGUACUGUUUCACUUUCAGAAUCUGUGCCUUCGUCAGAGGCUGUGUCUUCUUCUCGUUCAAAGAGUGUUCACAAAUGUUGAAUACAUCUUCAUCAAAAGACAAUAACUUGAAGUCAUACACAGGUAGUUUGUCAUUAUCUAGUUCAGCACUAUACUCCACCUGUAGGAUUCCUAGCCUGCCAUCAAACAGUGUAUAGCACUGUUUCACUUUCAGAAUCUGUGCCUUCGUACACUAUCCUUCAACAUGUUCAAUCCGAUGAUUGGUUUGAGUGACUUCAUGAAAUAGGUACAUCCAGAUGCCCAACCUGCAGGAUCUGGAUAAGGAAGAGCUCCUCCAGCUCUACUACAAGUACAUCCUGCCCCUCCCUCAGAGGCAGUACCGUCAGAACCGCCGCGGACAAGACUUGACUAAGAAACAGAUCCUUCUGGCCAAGAAGAGACGCAUCACAGCUCCUGACAUGGAUGAACCUCCACAAAAAAAACAGAAAAUCGCUGGGUUAGAUUCCUCGUCUUCUCGUUUCUUAACAUCAUUCAGUGAUCCCAGCAAGGGUGGUGGUGACCGCCUGAAGCCCCCGCCAUCUUGUAUUGAUACGAGUAGGAAGGUGAUCAAGCUUGGAUCAGGGUCUAAGUCGACCACACCAGGUUCCCCGACUAAAUCAGUAUCUCAAGAUGAUUCUACACUAUCCAAGAAGAUUGUGAAAAUUACAAUGUCUCCUACAUCAGAUUCUAAAGAAAAGAAGCCAAGUACAAAUAGUACUAUUAAGUUAAUUAACAAACAUUUGGAAUGCCCAAGUCAGGGGAAGCUCUCAAAAGUGAAGGAGAACGGAGAUGUUGAAAUGAAGGAUGUACAGGAGAGUAUAAACAAGGUGGUGCCGGACUUGCCACAAGAAACACCCAACAAAAAAAUCAAGUUGAAGCGGAUAUCUUGGCCCUAGCAGUGUAGGUUGUAUGUGUAUCUUCCGGCUCCAGAUGUCAGAACACAGACUAUACGUACAGACCAUGGUAAACAGUGCCAUGGUUACACAAUAUAAGAAGUGUAUACCUUGCUGAAGUUGUCAUGGUUACACAAUGAAAGAAGUUUGAUGGUAUACCCAGCUCCAGUUGUCAUGAUUACAUAAUGGAAGAAGUUUGAUAGCAUACUCAGCUCUAGUUGUCAUGGUUACACAAUGAAAGAAGUUUGAUGGUAUACCCAGCUUCAGUUGUCAUGGUUACACAAUGAAAGAAGUUUGGUAUACCCAGCUCCAGUUGUCAUGGUUACACAAUGAAAGAAGUUUGAUGGUAGUUUGAUGGUUACCCAGCUCCAGUUGUCAUGGUUACACAAUAAAAGAAGUUUGAUGGCAUACCGAGCUCCAGUUGUCAUGGUUACACAAGACUGGUUCCCGAUGUUAUGGUUACUAAGUUUGUACAGGUUUUGCAGCCACACAAACAUAAUGAUGGUCCAUCUUGAUAGUGUUAAUGUCUUCGAUUUACACAUGAUGCCAUCUCUGCGAUAAACAUCGGAGUUGACUGGCCCAAACUUCAGGUGGGAAUAUGACGGAGUGUAUAAUGUGUUGCAUGCUGACAUGUUGCAUCUUUUUGCAAAAGAUAUGUGUGUGAAAGCAAUAAAUAACAAAGAAAUAUAAAACUAA